UCACUUGUGGGUUAAUGGCGCUCAAUUUGCUUAAUUAUCUGCUGUAAUUACAACGCUAAGUCACACUCAAAUGUAUGGUACUAGUUACGAAGUACUCAGUCACACAUUUGUUAGUCAGUGAGGAAAGUCGUCUGGUGAAUAGUGUUGGAGAAACUAGAUUGAGCAACAUGGCUGUAUCUGCGUAUUAUGCCGUCGUCGUAGCUGUCUGUCUGCUGUCCGUGGGAAGUUGUGCAGUGUUUAAGCGGGACGACUGCAGGGCUGGCUGUCGCGGCAUCUACAACUCGUGUCUCGCGGAGAAGGGCUGCACCAACCAUCAGGUCGGCAGUGCAGACCAGUACUUCUGCGUUCAAGGGUGCUGGCAAGGGGAGAACGUUUGCAGAAAAAGCUGCGCUAUUCCAAAGUAUUCAACAAGUGGCUGAUCUCCUGACGCACUGGACUUGCGGGCAUGUUGUUGUAGUUGUUGUUUGUUUCUUCGUUUGUGUUUUAGUCCAUGUUGGUGAAUCGCAAGACGACAACGUAACAGCGUUAUGUUUAAGCUAAGGCAUGUUUUUAAAAAUAGAAUUGCAGUCGGAUGAUUCAAUGCGUUAAUAAAUUAAUGCGAAACACUUC